AGAAGUUUGUGAAGCGAUUUCUCGCCGGCUGUUUCCCGACUCUUCAGCGCACGGUGCCGCCUGCUCGCCGGCCGCCGCCCUCGCCCCGGUCUGGAUUCCGUCUCUGUGGAGGACAGACGCUCUGCCUGCGGGGCGUUGAGGUGGACGAGGGGCAGUGCCGGGAAGGGAGCCGGGGGGCUUCCACUGACAGCUACCCGUCAGGACGCCGGGCGCGUGGGGCGCCGGCUCGCCGAGAGUCUCGCCCACCUUCCCGCGGCCGCCGGGCGGGCAGGCGGGCGAUGCGGCCGCCGAGCCCCGCGGCGCCCAGAGGAAGGGGGGCGCCCCGAGGAGCCUAGAGCUUGUUUCUGCUCUGUUGAGGAAAGAGGCAUGGAGUUGUGAGCGCCCCUGGUUCGGCGAGGCCGCCCCCGGCAGGCUCCCCAUGGCCGGGACGUACAGCUCCACUCUGAAGACGCUGGAGGACUUGACCUUGGACUCCGGGUAUGGGGCCGGGGACUCGUGCCGCUCGCUCAGCCUCUCGUCCUCCAAGUCCAACUCGCAGGCGCUCAACUCUUCGGCGCAGCAGCACCGCGGGGCGGCCUGGUGGUGCUAUUCCGGCUCCAUGAACAGCCGCCACAACAGCUGGGACACGGUGAACACGGUGCUGCCCGAGGACCCCGAAGUGGCUGACCUCUUCUCCCGCUGCCCGCGCCUCCCCGAGCUGGAGGAGUUCCCCUGGACCGAGGGCGACGUGGCCCGGGUGCUUCGCAAAGGCGCGGGCGGGCGGCGGCUGCCGGCCUUCUCCGCCGAGGCGGUGAGGCGCCUGGCCGGGCUGCUCCGCCGGGCGCUCAUCCGCGUGGCCCGCGAGGCGCAGCGCCUGAGCGUGCUGCACGCCAAGUGCACCCGCUUCGAGGUGCAGAGUGCCGUGCGCUUGGUGCACAGCUGGGCGCUGGCCGAGAGCUGCGCGCUGGCCGCCGUCAAGGCGCUGUCCCUGUACAGCAUGAGCGCGGGCGACGGGCUGCGCCGGGGCAAGUCGGCGCGCUGCGGCCUCACUUUCUCCGUGGGCCGCUUCUUCCGCUGGAUGGUGGACACUCGCAUCUCCGUCCGCAUCCACGAGUACGCGGCCAUCUCGCUCACUGCCUGCAUGGAGAACCUGGUGGAGGAGAUCCGGGCCAGGGUGCUGGCCAGCCAGAGCCCCGACGGCGGAGGGGCCGGAGGCGGGGAGGUGUCUGCCGAGGCCCUGGAGAUGGUCAUCAACAACGACGCUGAGCUGUGGGGCGUCCUGCAGCCCUAUGAGCAUCUCAUCUGCGGCAAGAACGCCAAUGGUGUCCUGUCCCUCCCUGCAUACUUCAGUCCUUACAACGGCAGGUCCCUGGGCCAUGACGAGCGAGCCGAUGCCUACGCUCAGCUGGAGCUCCGGACCCUGGAGCAGUCCCUCCUGGCCACCUGUGUGGGGAGCAUCUCAGAGCUGAGUGACCUGGUCUCCCGGGCCAUGCACCACAUGCAGGGGCGUCACCCUCUAUGUCCUGGUUCCAGCCCUGCCCGCCAGCCCCGUCAGUCUCCACAACCCAUCACCUGGUCCCCCGACGCCCUCCACACGCUCUACUAUUUCCUGCGGUGUCCACAGAUGGAGUCAAUGGAGAACCCCAACUUGGACCCCCCGAGAAUGGCCUUGAACAAUGAACGGCCCUUCAUGCUGCUGCCGCCCCUGAUGGAGUGGAUGCGCGUGGCCAUCACCUAUGCUGAGCACCGCCGCAGCCUCACCGUGGACAGCGGCGACAUCCGGCAGGCGGCUCGGCUGCUACUGCCCGGCCUGGACUGCGAGCCCCGGCAGCUCAAACCCGAAUGCUGUUUCAGCUCCUUCCGGCGGCUGGAUGCCCGAGCGGCUACUGAGAAAUUCAACCAGGACCUGGGUUUCCGCAUGCUCAACUGCGGGAGGACGGACCUCAUCAACCAGGCGAUUGAGGCGCUGGGCCCCGAUGGAGUGAACACCAUGGACGACCAGGGUAUGACGCCGCUGAUGUACGCCUGUGCUGCUGGGGAUGAAGCGAUGGUUCAGAUGCUGAUUGAUGCCGGGGCGAACUUGGACAUCCAGGUUCCAAGCAACUCUCCCAGGCAUCCCUCCAUCCACCCUGACAGCCGACACUGGACAUCACUGACAUUCGCUGUACUGCAUGGACACAUCUCUGUGGUGCAGUUGCUGCUGGACGCGGGGGCCCACGUGGAGGGCUCAGCCGUGAGCGGUGGCGAGGACAGCUAUGCGGAGACGCCGCUGCAGCUCGCCUCUGCGGCUGGGAACUACGAGCUGGUCAGUUUGUUGCUGAGCCGAGGUGCUGACCCCCUCCUCAGCAUGCUGGAAGCCAACGGCAUGGCCUCCUCCCUCCAUGAGGAGAUGAACUGCUUCAGCCACUCAGCCGCCCACGGCCACAGGAACGUCCUGAGGAAGCUCCUGACACAGCCACAGCAGGCCAAAGCAGACGUGCUGUCCCUGGAGGAGAUCCUGGCCGAGGGCGUGGAGGAGAGCGAUGCGUCGAGCCAGGGCAGCGGCGGCGAGGGGCCCGUGCGGCUGAGCCGGGCGCGCACGAAAGCCCUGCAGGAGGCCAUGUACUACAGCGCAGAGCAUGGCUACGUGGACAUCACCAUGGAGCUUCGGACGCUGGGGGUGCCCUGGAAGCUGCACGUCUGGGUCGAGUCUCUGCGGACCUCCUUCUCCCAGUCCCGGUACUCCAUGAUGCAGAGCCUCCUGCGGGACUUCGGCUCCAUCAAGGAGGAGGAGUACAACGAGGAACUGGUGACCGAGGGCCUGCCGCUCCUCUUCGACAUCCUCAAGACCAGCAAGAACGACUCUGUCAUCCAGCAGCUGGCUGCCAUCUUCACACACUGCUACGGCAGCAGCCCCAUCCCCAGCAUCCCGGAGAUCCGCAGGACCCUGCCGGCCAGACUAGAUCCUCACUUUUUAAACAACAAAGAGAUGUCAGACGUGACCUUCCUGGUGGAAGGAAAGCUGUUCUAUGCACACAAAGUCCUGCUGGUGACGGCCUCUAACAGGUUCAAGACGCUGAUGACCAAUAAAUCAGAACAGGAUGGCGACAGCAGCAAGACCAUUGAGAUCAGUGACAUGAAAUACCACAUCUUUCAGAUGAUGAUGCAGUAUCUGUACUACGGAGGAACGGAGUCCAUGGACAUCCCUACUGCCGACAUCCUAGAGCUGCUGUCCGCUGCCAGCCUGUUCCAGCUGGAUGCCCUGCAGAGGCACUGCGAGAUCCUGUGCUCCCAGACCCUCAGCGUAGAGGGCGCUGUGAACACCUACAAGUAUGCCAAGAUCCACAACGCCCCAGAGCUGGCCCUGUUCUGUGAGGGCUUCUUCCUGAAGCACAUGAAGGCCCUGCUGGAACAGGACUCCUUCCGGCAGCUCAUCUACGGCCGCAGCAGCAAGGUGCAGGGCCUGGACCCGCUGCAGGACCUGCAGAGCACCCUGGCCAAGCGUGUGCACUCUGUGUACAUCACCUCCCGGGUGUGAGGUGUGGGCUGGUUGGUCAGCGUGCCCAGCGGGCUCCGGGCCAGGCCUCUGGCUCUAGGCAUCCUCGGGGUGCGGAAGGCUGAGCAGGAGCUCCAGGCCAGACCCACAGGUUUCCGUUUCCCCGACCUUCGCAGGUGCUGCUCUGCCUUUGGGGUGGGCAGCCCCAUAGCUAACGGUUCACCUGGAGAGGAGCAAAGGGCAGCCGUGGGUAAAAGGGGUUCCUUCUCCCCAGCUGGAGGUCAGCAGCUGCGAGGAAGAGCCUGGUGGCCUCGCUUGUGUUGUUGCUGCUGUUUUAGGGGCCAAAGCAGAGGGGUCGGUUUGAAAGCCCAGGCCUAGAUUCGGGCCGCCUCAGUGGGCGCCGGGAGCAGAGUCCUAAGCCCCUCACGCCGCCACGCCAGGCCUCUCACACGAGUCCUCUAUUUGGAGAGCGGUGUGCACACGUGUCAUUAGGUCUUGGGGACCUAAGGGUGGGGCUGGGGGCCCUUCUGCUUUGUCCCCUCCCUACCUGCAUUCAGUAGGCUCCGGCGCUCCUGGGGUGGAGACACAGCUCAGGUCCAGACACUGGGGAGCACUCCCGACAGCUCGCUCUGGGUGUAGCCUUCUCCAGCUGCCUGGCUGCACCUUAGAAGUUAUUUAUUCACCAAAUGUCCCCAGAGAGUUCAGGCGGUGUCACUGUGAUCACCUUGAAAAGCCCCUGGGGGCUUGCAAUCCUGGAAAAUAUUUUCAACUAGCUGCUUGAUUGAGCUGGAUGUACAAAAGAAAAGGUGUUAUUUUAUUGCUGUAAUGUUGUAUGAUACUGUAACUAUACAUUAAUGUCACUUAUUGUAAAUCUACCAUGGUUUUAUUAACAAUAAACACUCAUUAAC